UUUUCCUAGAUUGGCCCAGACAAUAGAAAAAGUUCAGUGUUGCUUUUAUUCUCAUUUCCAUGUAAGCUGUACAAAACAAGGUACAAAGAUGGUCUUCAGGUCAAAAUGACCCGUGAGGCAAAUGGAGUUGAAAUCAAGGUCACAGAGUUAUUUACAAACCAUAAAAUGUUACAAAGUUUUAGUUGUGUCUCAGAUCAAUCAGUAGCAGAAGUGAGCAGAGAGUGGAAGGCCAAUUUUCCGAGCCACAAUGCCAGUCAAACUCUUUCACACCUACUCAAGACUGAUGCGAUUUGAUGACCGUGAAUCAAGACCAGCAAGACGUAUGACAGACAAACUUGCAGCCAUAAGAGAGGUAUGGGACAAGUGGGUGGAGCGGUUGCCCUACCUCUACAAUCCAGAGCCUGAUGUAACAGUGGAUGAGCAACUGGUUCCAUUUAGAGGUUGUUGUCCUUUCCGGCAGUAUAUGCCCAGCAAGCCAGCAAAAUAUGGGAUCAAGUCAUGGGUGGCUUCUGAAUCAAGCUAUGCUUGGAAAAUGCAAGUCUAUACUGGGAAGUCAACCAGUGGAUGCCCAGAGAAGAACCAGGGGUUGCGAGUUGUGCUUGAUGUGACAGAGGGACUGAGGGGUCACAAUGUGACAUGUGACAAUUUCUUCAACUCUUAUGAACUCGGACAGCAGCUCCUGAAGAGGAAGAUCACCAUGGUUGGUACAGUUCAAAAGAACAAGCCUGAGCUCCCACCUGCACUGCUUGGGUCAAAGGAGAGAGAGGUCUUCUCCUCAAAGUUUGCCUUCACACCCACCACCACUCUAGUUUCCUACCUCCCAAAGAAAAACAAGAAUGUAGUUCUUCUGAGCACACUGCACAAAGACGGCGACAUUAGUGACCGUGAGGACAGGAAGCCAAUCAUCAUCCUGGAAUAAAACCGAAACAAAGGAGGUGUGGACAACCUAGAUAAGGUGAUUGGAGCAUAUAGCUGCAGAAGAAUGACUGCCCGCUGGCCCCUGGUCAUCUUCCACAACAUCAUUGAUGUGUCCUCCUACAAUGCCUUUGUGAUUUGGAUAGAGAUCAACCCAACCUGGAUGUCUCAUAAGCACAACAAGAAGAGGGUGUUCCUGGAGCAGCUAGGAAAGGCACUUGUAACUCCACUCAUUGAAAGAAGGAAGCAUGUCCCCCACACAGAAGCCUCAGCAGCAGUUGUGAAAGCUAUUCAGAGUGCAGCAGCUCCUGAUCAACCUGAGGAUCCAUCUACCACAGCCACUUCCUCAGCUAAGCCAAGUAAGAGGAAGAGAUGUCAGUUCUGCCCUCAGACUGUAAAACACAUACUGUGUGCUGCAGGUGUAAGAAAUAUAUCUGCAAAGGCUGUGCACUUGCAUACUGCCCUACAUGUGCCAAUUAGUUGAAUGGGUUAUGUUAUUUUUCAUAUUUUUGUAUUGUACAUCCUCUUGUUCACUGGAGAAAAGUAAAAGAAAAUUAGUCACUGUG